AUGGGCUCGAUUCAGAAGGUGCAAGCUCCGGCCGAGGCACUCGCGCAGCCCAACAUGUACGCGCCUGCCACUCCUGGUCAAGAACAGCAGCAACAAGUAAUGGAAAAUCCAGAGCCACCAAAAGGAAGGCUGGAAAGGUUUCGCGACUAUCUUGGACGAACUUGCUGUUCGUGUUUUUUAAAAUUACCAGUUGUCGUGAUCAUUGUCGCGAUAUGCAUCAUACUGGCUCUGCUGCUGGCACUCAUACCUACCAUAGUGAUUCUAACAAAUUCGGAACGUUCGCAAAGUCGCCAGACGGACGGUCUAGAAGCUGGGGUACGCUCUCUGUAA